AUGGCUUCUCGAGUACCAUCUAGACCAGAUGAGCGCUGUAUUGACGAUUAUCGCUCGAUCAAAGUGAUUUGUAUCGGGGCUGGCAUGUGUGGGAUUGCGGUCGGCUGCCUCUUUCCUCAGCAUAUCCCAAAUCUAGAGCUCACCAUCUACGAAAAAAAUUCGGAAGUCGGUGGGACAUGGUUUGAGAACCACUAUCCCGGGCUACGCCCUGACUUGACUCCCCAUGUUUAUCAAUAUACAUUUGCCAGCAAUCCUAACUGGACAAAAUUCUAUCCUCCUGGCGAGGAAUUCGAAGAAUAUCUCAAGACAGUUGCUGCAAAGUACGAGGUUUAUAAAAAUACAAGGUUUGGCCACAAGUUCCUCUCCGCUAUAUGGUCUGAGGAAGAUGGCCAAUGGGAGGUGUCUGUGCAAAAAUUAGACGAUGGCACCACCGUGAAAGACCGUGCCGAUAUCCUAAUCAAAGCAACUGGAUUCCUGAAUGACUGGCGCUGGCCUAACGUCCCCGGCCGAGAAAAGUUCAAAGGAUAUAUGCUUCAUACAGCUAAUUGGAAUGACAACUUUGACCCAUCAGGCAAGAAAGUUGCCGUGCUUGGCUACGGUUCGACUGGGGUACAGAUUACCCCCGCGAUUCAGCCUCUUGUGAAACACCUUGAUCAUUAUGUGCGUGGGAAAGUGUGGGUUCCUCCGGGAGGGGGCACCAACAUGGAGGAAUUAAUUGAACGAGGUGCCCACAACAACUUUGAUCAUAAAUUAGAGGAACGGAAGUAUUUCACCCAAAACCCGAAAUCUUACCUACAGUUCCGCAAAAAACAGGAGUCGUACUGCAACAACGUCCAAAAAAUAUUUUUCAAAGGCUCAGAGGCGCAGAGGGAGUUUACCGCGUUUCUUGACGCCAACUUGAAGGAAACCACAAAACCUAAGCCCUGGCUCUACGACACUCUCAGGCCUAACUAUCCACCCGGAUGCCGCAGAUUAAUCAUGGGCCAAGCGUGGCUUGAGUCAAUGCAGGAAGCGAAUGCAAGUAUUAUCCCCAAAGAUGUGGUAGAGUUUACCGAAAAAGGUAUCAUAGACUCAGAUGGAGUGGAGAGAGAGUACGAUGCUAUCAUCUGUGCCACGGGCUUUGAUACGUUAGUCUUCCCACCUGAUAUUCGUCUCGAUAGCAGCACUACUCCAUUCAUUGGUAGGAAUGGAACCACUCUUGCCGAAGUGUGGGAUCCAGACCCUGUGGCCUACUUUAGCGUCAACCCUGAACAGAUGCCGAAUAUGUUCUUGAUGUUCGGUCCUAACAGCGCACCGUUUGCUGGUUCCAUUGUCCAUACAUUUGAGGCAUGUGCAUUUUACAUCAUUCAAUGCAUCCAAAAGAUUCAGAGAGAGUAUAUCAAAUCGAUGGUCUGCAAACCUCAGGCACUGCGCAGCUGGCUCAAGCACGUGGAUCGCCACAUGAACAAGACUGUCAUGAGCGCCAACUGCGUAACAUGGUUUAAACGUAACAAUCCUGAUGGUCGGGUCAUCACUUCUUGGCCCGGGUCAGCUAUGCAUGGUUAUUUGGGCUGGAAGUCACCACGUUUUGAGGACUUUGAGUAUACAUCCUGGCUUCCCGAUGACGAUACAAUGGCUUGGAUCGGCAAUGGGAAUAUUUCUGCGGAAUUGACUAACUCAGGAGAUACAACAAACUAUAUGGAUUACACUGAUUCUUCUAAGAGCUUGUCAGAGGUUAUAGUCAACAGCGAUGCAAAAAAUGUGACAGAUAGUUUCUUGGAUAAAAGUGCGCUAAGCCACAAAAUAUCUCCACAAGUGCUUUCACCACAUCCAGGUAAUGGAGCCCUACCUAAUGUUGACUCAAAAAGCUUUGGCCUGCCGGUGUAUGAUUGA